AUGCCUCGUAUCUCUGCUGACAACGUCACCGCCUCCGCUCCCAUCGAGCAGAGCCUGAAUAACCUCCCUGCAAACACGCCCAGCGACAACGACCGCAGCAAAGAAGGGCGGGCCCCUUCUCCCACGUACACACAGAUGGCUGCGCGCCCUCCGUCUCCACGCAUGAGAGGUGGCGCUACUAAGGAAACGUUCCAACGCAGUGCCAUGGUAGACAACACACCUGCCCUGCCUCCCCCAAUGCCACUCACCAUUGGGAGCCCUGCUGAAGCCCCGUUCACGCAGAGGACCACGGCCUUGAGUGAAGAUGACAACCUGGGAUGGACCACAUUCACUGCACCAACCAAAUCCAAGAAGUCAAAACCCAAGAAGGGUAAGGGUAAAGCGAAGGAAGUCACCCCAGUCCCGCUGCAGAAAGGCCCGGUCUUGGGACUUGCAACGCCAGAUGCGUCGCCGAAGGGAAGCAAACCUAGGAAGCAUAGAUGUACUGACUGCAGCAAUGAGGGCCUAGUGACCGGCAAGCAGCAGGAGGCCCCUGUGAGCCUCUUGCUCUCGUCAAAGUCACCCCUAGUCUUUGGACGCAGCUCCCCGUCUCCUCUGUCAUCUGCUAAAGCGGCCUCCCUGAGCGACCACAAACCCCACAAUGAAGGAAGCGAGAUGGACAUUGACCCUGCGGAGGACGCGGGCCUCGAUAGCUUUGGACGGCCUACCCUCUUCCUCCAGAAUGCCUCUGCUGGCUGGGAGUCACCCCAGAACAGCUACUACGGCGACCUUGAACACCACGAGCCUGGACCAAGCUCACAUCCAUCGAAGGGACACAAACGUAGCGCUGCGAGGCAUGACCUCGAGUCCAUGAUCGAGGCCCCCAUCAGCCGCUACACCGCCAUGAACGCCGAAGCAGCAACGGGGCAACUGCGCGAGGAUGUCGACACCUGCCGCCCCGCCCCACACCCUAGGCAACAGAUCUCUAGUGACGAACAGAUGCUGCCGGCGAGCAACAUCUCUGUGCAAUCCGACUCUACCAAGCCGAAGGUGACCCCUCGUAAACCGGCUGUACACCACAACCACGGUCGCUACUCCAUGGCUGCCAUUGGCAACCCACCCCUCACCCCCUACAACAUUAUCCUGGCGGACCCAGACAUCAUGGUGCCCCCAGAAGGCCUGCUGAAGAAGACCCAGGGCGACCGAGUCAACUGGGAGAAGAAAGGGCUUGCCCCAAAGCAAGUGAAGGUGUGGAACAACCUGGGUAGAGACAACCCCUUCAUUGUUGUCCAGUUCGGCGAACUCAGAGCUGAACAUGCAGGCAUGAACGAACGUGCAGUCUUCCUCUACAGCCUCCUCACCUGUCUCUCUGAGCGAACUGACAUCCGUGUCAACCCUGGGCACAGUCCCUUGGAGGAGAAGGAGUACAACAACAACAAGGACGCCCCGCCCAACGUAGAGCCGUUCUGGAUCGGUAUCAAAAAUCUACCUAAAGAGUGGUGCCUCGUGCUGGCACGCGCGGCCUGGCUCCAUGCCGGUAACCACAUCCUUAACUUCGUCCUCUGGCGCAAUGACCUUCCCACCCUUUGUGCGGCCUUCAGAUCUGUAUUCCGCUUCAGAGCACUCUUGAAGGAGGACUCGGAGCUACAGGAGAUCACGGUCAACAUCCUCCUACGUGACAUCGGCAAAGGUGGGAGGCGGCGUGCGGUGCAGGAUGACGCGUUUGGCGCAAUCCUAGAUUCAGUUGACGUUGAAGUACACAACUGCCGCAUCACGCCACACACAUCUGAGGAUGUUGCAUUCAUUCACAUCACCUCCCCUACUGCUGACUGGCAAGACUGGGUCCUCUUUAGAAACGCAAUACAGGCCCAUGGCUUCGGCUCACUCACUGCAGGACACCGCGUUGCGUUCAAGACUCGGGUCUUCUGCGGCUUCUGUCACUCAAUCGGCCACCCAAUAGGACGCUGCCCUGUCAAAGGGUUCUUCCUCCCCCAGAAGAUGCAGUUGCAGAAGCAGCCGACAGCCCAGCCGUUGUCCUCUGGACGUGGAGAACACCAGGGAGGAAGAGGUCAUGGCAAUGGUCGCAGCUGCGGUGGCAGAGGUGGUAAGACACGUGGAUACUAG